GUAAUUCAAGGUUAUUUUACUUAAGGACUGAUAGCCGCGUUUUGGUACAGAAUUUUAUUCAACAAAUUAAGCUUUACUCAGUGUACCAUUGGCUUCCUAUAAAUUAACAUACAAGAUGAAGAAAACAAUUAUAUAUGCUGCUUACUUCAUUUUCUGUUUAUUGCAAACGAGCACGGUUGAUGCUGAUACAAAAAACGAUGCUGACGGUAUUAGUGACAUUGAUGAAAGCGAGGAAACUACCGUGCGUUCUAAUAAUGCAAUUGCUAAACUAAUAAAUGCAAAAAAUGGACGUGACGAUCCACGUUUAUCCGUUGAGAGAGAUAAUAGUUCUUCUAGUGGUUUCGCGGUCAAAUUUGGGCCUUAUUUUAGAUCUGUUUACGGCUAUUAUGCUUUCAUAUAUGGGAGAACACCGAGGCAACCGAAUUUUCGGCAAUAUGUUUUUGCAUGCUCUUUAUGCAAAUGCAUUUCGAACGACACUUCGCUCAGUAAUUUACCAGCUGACUUUUUCAUACCUAGGCAGAUUAUUCGUAUGAUCUUCACAGGCAUUGAUAAUAAGUGUCAACCAGAGGGGGGAAGAUCAGAUACUUCAUUCUCUAGUCCUAUGCUCUCAACAGCUUAUGUAAAUGCUGAUGAAAAUGACAAAAAUUACAAAGGUGCUCCACUCCCUGUGACGUUACCUUUUGACCUUAUGGUUAAUAUAAUUACUUCUCAAGAUACUUUUCAUGAAGAUAUCAGUUACGUAUUUCAAGUAAAUUUUACUGUUGAAGCCCUUGAUUCAUCUAAGGAAUCUGAAGGAAAAUUAGGCUAUUAUUGUUUAAAUAAAAAAUGGAAAUAUUGGAUUAUAUGGCGAAUCUGUAAAGUUUAUAAAUUUGUCGAAUCAAUUUUCGGAAAAGCUGAAUAGAAUAAAAUGAGAAAGAAUAUGGAUACGAGCAGUCGAGAAAUAUUAUUGACAAAUGUUCAGAAGUUAUUUAAAAAAUAGAAAUUAUAAUUAAUGUAAUUAAAACUGUAUAUCUUUUACAUUUAUAUUUAUAAUUUCUUUUUUAAUAUUUAAUAAAGUUCAAAU